GAGAAAAAAAAAACACACUUUUUUUUUCGUCUCCUCUUUAUUAACAGUUCUCAGUUCUCACUUCUCAGAGCCCCAAUCGCCGACUCCGAGCAGGCGACUCUCACUCUCCACAAUUCGCAAUCUCGCUGGCAUCUCUGGUUAGAGAUUGAUUUCUUGUUGAUUCUAGGGCUCGGUUACUGGUUCUUCCUUGUUGAUGAUUCUAGGGCUCGGUUACUCUAUUUGACCUUGGGGUUUCGCUGUAGACUAAGUUUACCUAAAAAGAUGGAUGAUGGAUGCUCUAAUGACGGUCUUGUGGAUAGGUUAAGAAGUGAACUUUUGGCCUUUGAUGAUUUACGUGUACUGUCUCAUGUGGAGAAGUUUCUUGUGGAACACCAACCAGUAUUGAAUGAGCUUACCAACGAUAUACUAAGUGCCAUCUGUAACAUCAACGAGGAUUUGAUUGGCAAGGGUCGUUUUACAGUGUACGUGUGGGCGACAGAACACCAGCCACUUCAUGAGUUCUUGGAGGAGCAAAUCAAGGACGCUCUAAAGGUUGUAGUAGGGAGAAGGGGUUUAUCCAGUACUGAGGCGGAAAGAUAAGACUGGCUGCUGUUUGGAGAUUUUUGGAUCGCUAUCCUUAUGUUACUUGGGGAAUGGACUCAAUAGUGGCUUCAUUUGAAGAAGCUCUCCAACGGCACUUGCAACAGCUGCUUGGUUCUGGUCUUUUUCAAGGCUGUAUGGAUGCGCUCAAGGUCAUAAAACCGCUCCCCGCAGGGAGAAUGGAGCCACAGCUGUCGUGUGUACUCAACAAGAUUGCUACUCUUACAAAGAAGGCCGAUACACAAGUUCUGGAAGCUGCUAAAUUAGCUCUACUCAGCUGUCUCAAUGAGAAGGAGUUUGGGAUUAAAUGCCUUCAGACUGUCAUCCAGAGCCUGCGUGAUGUGUUGGAGCAAGAAACUCAAGGGGAUGAGCUGGUCAACUUUGUCUUGUCCACGUGCAUGACCGAGUGUGGUAGAUGUUUGAAGGAUCUGGUUGCUUGUGUGGAAUCUGCUGAACAGAAGAAUAAGGGAAGAAAGAAGUAUUAUACCUUUGAUUCGCUGAAACUCAUGGCUGAGAAUGUGAUCUUGCAAAGCCAGGCGUUGGAGUUAGUUUCUUUGGUCACUGCUCUGCGGAAGGAGAAGCUUUCAAACGAGGAGACAAGAUCAAUUCUGGAAGAGAGUCUGGAAAACAUUUCAGAUGGUUUGGCAAACAAUUCUUCUUACCCACAAGAAGAUCUCUUUGGUUUAAUGUACGACCUUCUUGGCAUCAGAAUCGGAGAUGAGUUAGCUGGCUUUGCUUUAGAUCUGUUGAUUAAGAGACUGAAGAAGAAAAAUAAGAUGGAAGAGCUUCUCAACCAACAGGAGUUGCUAGAUCCCUUUGUUCCAGUCGUUAUUGGUUUCUUGAGUAACACACAGUUUGUGUCUUCGGCUCUGAGUAGUUUGGAUUUGCUGAUGAGUAAAAAAUUACCUUCCCUCACCCCUGAAGCUGAAGGAGAUAGUUAUGAUGAAGGAGAAAGCAAGGUUUUAGAUUUGGCAGUGAAUAGUGAAAAUGAGGAAAUCAGAUUGAUAGGCAAAAAGAUACUGUUGGAUUUUUUGCACAAGGAUUCCCUUCGUGAUGAGCAAAGAUUAUUGAAGCAUACGGGGUAUCUUCUGGAGAAGCUAAGGUCUGAUAAUCAAAAUGAAACAGCUGAUCGAGCCAUUGACAUCCUUUAUGCCAUUUUCACGGUACUUGUAGAGACUGGCAGGAAGCAAUUUCUUAACAAGCACGCCAAGGAAUUGUUUGGCAGCCUUCUAUCGCUUAUGCCUCCGGAAGUUGACAAUGGGCCGUCCCCGACUGGUGAUUUGAUAAAAUGGCUGGUAAAGAACAUUGAUCGAGAACAUGCUGGUCCCCUCCUCGUGGACAGCUUUGAGGAGUGUCCAGCUGCCGUAUCCAAGCUGAUGGUGUUCUUUAUGGAAACUUUUAAGAGAAAUAUCAACAAAAAUUUCGAGUCUGUUUGGAAGAAAAUGGAGAUUGCUGACUCUGAUUUUCAUAAGUACUGCUCACUUGUUAUGCUAGACAAGGUCCUCGAAGCAUUUCCCCAGUUUUUAUCAAGAGGUGAUUCUGAGGAUAUGUGGACACUGGUCUUCGGUUUUCUGGUGCAACCAGAUGCCAGGUUAAAGAAUAUACGGGUUCGACUAUUGGAGGGAUUCUCUGACGCAUUUGAAAAAAGGACGAGUAAAAACAUCCAAAAGGGGCUGGGAAAAUUAAAACGUCAGGUGGAACGCAUGACUCUGGGCAACAGUGUAAAGAGAAGGCUAGGAGAUAAGCAGGAGAUAGAUGUCCAGAGAAAAAAGAGAAAGUAGAACGUGCCUAUUGUUCUUCUAUUCAUGCUUGGGAGAUAGAUGUCCAAAUACCUUUCAUUAUAUCAUUCUUGUGUGGAUGGGGUGGGAGAAAGACAUUUGAUUUGUACACUUGGAGGAAAGUUCUACAUCUGUGUUGCCUUUUCAAGAUUUUUAAUUAAAUCUGCCACUUCCGGCAAGACCGUCAUGCCAAUUAAACAAGACUAUUGACCUACUCAUAUGCAUUAUUUCAACUCA